GCCCGGGGCGGGGAUCGGCUGAUUGGCAGCCACGCGCCGGGACAGCCAAGCUGGAAGCCUGAAGAGCUGGUUGAGGUGCUGGCUGCGGUACGGCCGAGUGUGCUUUAUGGACCAUGUGCUGCUAUGUAUGCCUGAAAUACUUGAAAUGCAAAUGUGGGGAGACUUUGCCAUCUAAAUGCUUGGCUGGAUUAAGCGCCUAAUUAGGAUGGUUUUUCAACAAGUUGGAGUAAGCAUGCAAUCGGGAAAGAUCAUGUACUUGGGGGGAGGUUGUAAGGUACUUUGGUCUGGAAAACCAUAUGGUUCAUCUCGAAGUAUCGUAAGGAAAAUUGGCACUAACUUGUCUCUGAUUCAGUGUCCAAGAGUUCAGUUUCAGCUUACCAGCCAUGCAGCAGAGGGAAGUCCCAGUCACCCAGGAGGAGAUGCAGUGGCCUCCUUUGCUGACAUUGGAUGGGUAGCCAAAGAAGAAGGAGAGUGCUCAACAAGACUAAGGACAGAGGUGAGGUCAAGGCUACCGCUUCAGGAUGACCUUCUGCUCUCUGAGAACCUCCCACGCCAGCAAGUUCCCUUACCAAACUUGUUUUAUGAAGAACCUCGGCCAAAGACCCCAGCACUGGCAAACGAGGAAGCGCUGCAAAAGAUCUGUGCCCUCGAAAAUGAACUCGCUGCCCUCAGAGCUCAGAUAGCCAAAAUUGUGACCCUACAAGAACAGCAAAGUCUCACUGCAGGUGACUCAGAUUCUACUUCAUCUGUUACCACGGCACCACCUCCUCCCCCACCACCCCCACCUCCCUUGCCACCUCCACCUCCACCUCCCCCUCUUCCAGGGCUUCACCAAAGUGUGUCUGCUAUUGAUCUGAUUAAAGAGAGAAGAGAGAAAAAAGUCAAUGCUGGAAAGACUUUGGUUAACAAUCCAAAGAAACCCGACAUGCCAAAUAUGCUAGAGAUCCUUAAAGAUAUGAACAGUGUUAAACUUCGGUCAGUGAAGAGGUCAGAACAAGAUGUAAAGCCCAAGCCAGUGGAUACUACUGACCCUGCUGCCCUCAUAGCAGAGGCUCUGAAAAAGAAAUUUGCAUAUCGGUAUCAGAGUGAUAACCAUGGUGAAGUUGAAAAAGGAAUUCCAAAGUCUGAAUCAGAGGCCACCUCCGAGACAGUGUUGUUUGGACCACACAUGCUGAAGUCUACAGGAAAAAUGAAGGCUUUAAUUGAAAAUGUUUCAAACUCCUAAUAUAUAGUGACUAAGUGGAGAAAGACUAACCUGGUUCAGCUAUCGGUUUGUGAGGGCCAAGUUUGACUAGUAGAAAUCAACACUAUUUAGUAAAUACCUGAUUUUAGUAUUUGGUUUCUUUUUUAACCUAAUUAGAGGGUUAAGCAAUAAUGAAAGUACUCUGGUUUUGCUUUUAUGAGAUGGUCAGUUCUCGAGUUCUCCACAACAUACGCAUUCUGACAUGUUUUUAACGGGUAGCCCAGGUGUCAGGUUUCCAGGCUUGAAAACAGUUGUAUAGACUUCAGGACAUAGAAAGGACAUUUGUUGAUGUUACUGUAUUUUUAAUUCUUAACACUAAUUUAUCUGUACAAAUGUUUUAUAUGCAUAUAUUUGGAUAUAAAACAGUUGAUGUAAAAAUUAGUAAUGAGUUACAGCAACUAGGGUACUGUUAUCUUCAUUUGUUUUCAGUGAUCAUUUACUAUUUGAUGACAGAACAGCUGGUAUAACAUAAGUUGUUGGAGUGAAAUAUGAGGUUGGAAUAUGUUGAGGUUGGAAUCUUCUUGCCUUGAACAUAAUGUCUGAGAUCCUCUCUCACACUUUCCUGGAGCUGGGGUUUGAGUAGGAACCAGAAGAUGAUCACUGCGCAAUUCCAUGUUUCCCAUUAAGGGGAAGUUGAAGACCAGGAAAGCUGCUUUCAUCUCACUGCCAUCCAGGACUGAGGAAGAAAAUGGGGAGUGUUCAGGUGUUGAAGUGACUUAAAUCCUAUCUGAAAUAAAAGAAUACAUCUCUUUUGUUUUAAUAAUGACAUCAUAAAGAUGACUUCUUGCUAAGUUAUUAUUUCUGGAAAUGUCCACACAUAAUGGAGUUUAAAAUUUUUUAAUACUGGCCAAAAUAUUAACUACAUAGUGAAACAUUACUGAAUAGGCAAAUGAAUUGUGCAUAAAUUGUUUAUCAUUGGUCAGAAUGCUGUUACAUUGAAGUAUAUUAUGUAUUAUAAAUCUUAGGUAUUAGUAGAAAGUGGAGAACUGCCUUUGUCACCUAGGGCUUCUAAGGACUUGACACAUGUGAACAUUUUUAAAUGCGUGAUAAAUCGUUAUGAUUUUCUAUUUCUGAUAAGCUUAGUUAUAGUUAAUGCCAGAAAAUCCUACCAUGAAUAAAUAUUUGGAUUUAUUAUUUAAAUCUAGUAUAAGAUAGUUAUACUUCCAGGGACAAUUAAGAAAAGGGAGUAAUAGAUAUUCACUUUAAGUUAUUGAAAGUAUGUGCAUUGUUCUAAAUAUUAACAAAAACUAUUUGGAAUAAUUUACAUGGUUUGGUUAUUCAGCCUAAAUUUGAACUGUGGCUUAUUUUAUAUAUGUUGUGGUAAAUUGUUUCUAAUUGUUUUAUAUGGUUUAAAAAUUCUGACCUUAAAGAAAUUCAGAAAAUUUGCCUGAUAUAUAUAUUUUUUGACCUCUUAAGGAAUUUAUAUUUGUAUCAGUAUUGAAUUCUGGCCAGUGCUCCAAUAUGAGGAAGUUACCAAAUAAAGCAAACUUUUACUUUC